AUGAGCGGGAACUCUAAGGUUUAUUUGGAUAUCUCAAUUGAGAGGAACAAAAUUGGUAGAGUGGUUUGUGAGCUAUUUGGAGACAAAGCACCUAAAGCUGCUAAGAACUUUUACCAUCUAUGUUUGGGGGAUAAAUCUGUGGAGGGUGGUGAGAUGCUAUCUUACAAAAGAAACUAUUUUCACCGUGUCAUUAAGAAUUUCAUGAUUCAGGGUGGUGAUAUUGUCAAUUGUUCUGCAGAGUUCUCAAAGAGUGAUGAGGCCGGACGAGGUGGUUGUUCGAUUUAUGCUACAAAGGAAGAAUUGGCCAACCAAAAGGAUAACUCUGAAGUUACUUCGUAUGGUAAUUUCGAAGACGAAAACCUUGGAGAAUUUCCUGAAGCAUUCUUCUUGGCAAUGGCAAAUUCUGGUUCCCCAAACACUAAUGGUUCUCAGUUCUUCAUUACCACAUUUCCGGCACCUCACUUAAACGGCAAGCAUACGAUAUUUGGUCGAGUAAUACAUGGCAAAUCCGUUAUUCGUACCGCUGAACGGUGUAAGAUCGACUCAGAUGGAUUUCCUUCCUCAUGCAUACGAAUUGACGAUUGUGGUGAGUGGGACGAGUCGAAAGAUGUUCCACUAUAUAAUGGCUCGAAUGACACCAUUGGCGGUGAUACUUUUGAAGAAUAUCCCGAUGAUGAAAAUAGCAUUGGUUCUGAGGACUUCAGCGCAGCAUACAAUGCAGCUAACACUAUUAAGGAAUCCGGUACUUUGAUCUUCAAGAAAAAAGAUUUCAAGAAUGCGGUCUUCAAAUAUAUCAAAUCGCUACGAUAUGUGAACGAAUACGUUCCUGACGAAGAUGUGGACAAGGAUAACAAUCUCAAAUUUGUCACAUUGAAGAUGAAACUUUAUUUGAACCUAUCUCUUGCACUGUUCAAUAUGCAAAAUUACGACGGAGCAAUAGAAUAUGCCACCUAUUUGCUGGAGAUGGAGAAUGUGCCAGACGUGGACCAGGCUAAGGCAUACUACAGACGAGGAAAUUCUUAUUUGGCGAAAAAGAACAUGGAAAAAGCCUUGCAAAAUUAUGAGCUGUGCAAACAUAAGAAUCCUGAUGACGCUUCCGUGGCUCAGAGAAUUGACUACGUAAAUGAUAUACUCGAAAAGAGAAAGGAAAAGAGGAAGCGAAGCUUAAGCAAGUUUUUCUCCGGAUCUUCCUGA